CGGUGUCGGGAGGCAAACCCGAUGCGCGCGCGUAACCUACGGCUCUACUGGCGAUACUUUAUUUUUCUUUUAGUUUCAGAUUUUGCUCUUCAGAAUAUCCAGCCACACACAUCCAAGCAGAGCUAGAACGGACGCAGGAGGUGAACGCAUGUCGUUUCAUUUUAGUUUCCAAUUUGGCUAUAAAUUGUGUUUUGGGGACUUGCGCACCGACUGUCCAGGAUUUGAGCCAUGGCAGAGGAGUGAGGCUUUGACAAAAUGCCUGUUACCUGGAAUAUAACUUUAUCACGGCGUUCCUAUGGAAUAUAGUCCGGUUUUACAUAGUCUACAUGUUGUGCCAUCCUCCCACGUGAAAAACAAACUAUUUGUAUUCUGUAUAAUGCUGUCUCUCUGGGUGUAUAUGAUAUAUUGUUGUGUUGGCUACUGCUCCACUGUGCCAACUCUGACCUACGGUUCGGUUGGCAGACAUGAAAACAAUGCAGAAAUUGACAAUCAAGAGUCCUCUUUGGGGGCCUCCAGGGACUUACUGAAUAACGAAAACGAUUUGGACAGCAGAGGAGACGAGUGGGAUGAAAUUAGAGGCGAGGCGAAGGCGUUGGAUGAUAAUGCCAUGUCAGGUUUCCUCAAUGACUCGGAAAGUAAAAAGUUGCCCCAGGCAAUCAUCAUCGGGGUAAAGAAAGGAGGGACCCGAGCGCUGCUGGAGUUUCUGCGCCUCCAUCCAGACAUCAGAGCGGUGGGAGCGGAGCCGCACUUCUUCGACCGCAACUACGACAAGGGCCUGGAGUGGUACAGGGACUUAAUGCCCAAGUCAUCAGAGGGCCAACUGACCAUGGAGAAGACCCCCAGCUACUAUGUCACCAAAGAGGUCCCAGCUCGGAUCUACACAAUGUCUAAGGACACAAAGCUGAUCGUGGUUGUCCGGGAUCCAGUCACCCGAGCAAUAUCAGACUACACUCAGACCCGCUCCAAAAAGCCGGACAUCCCAUCUUUUGAGAGCCUGACCUUUAAGAACAUGUCAGCAGGUCUGAUUGACACCACAUGGAGUGCGGUUCAGAUCGGCAUGUACGCCAAGCACCUUGAGCGGUGGUUACAGUACUUCCCCAUGGAGCAGUUGCUGUUUGUUAGCGGAGAGCGGCUCAUCACUGACCCUGCGGGUGAGAUGGCUCGUGUCCAGGACUUUCUCGGACUCAGGAGGGUGGUUACAGAGAAGCAUUUCCACUUUAACCCAACAAAAGGCUUUCCCUGCCUUAAAAGACCAGAGGGAAACAGCAAACCACACUGUUUGGGUAAAACCAAAGGCCGGACCCAUCCUAACAUUGACCCAGAGGUGGUACAGAGGCUAAGGGACUUUUAUAAACCCUUUAAUAGCAGGUUUUACCAGAUGACUGGUCAUGACUUUGGCUGGGAAUAAGAGUAAAAUGACUGUUGCUGCUUCCUCGUCUCUGUUUUUUUUUUAUUAAUAUUUUAUUAUUCUAUAGAUAUUGUUAUACAGUGUAUGUACAGUAUUUGUGUGUAAAAAGCUCAGAAUUCUAUUUUAUGAUAAUUUAUUGUUGUGACAUUAACUAAGCUGCCUAACCAGAUUAAUUCAUGGUUUUGACCCUUGUGACAUGCACAGUUAUUUUUUCUUAAAAGCACAGGUAUUGCAAGCAGGGACAGUGUAUAUAUAUAUAUAUAUAUAUAUAUACACACAUUUUUUUUCUUGACUUUUGCUUCUCUUUAAGCUGAUUGAGAUCUAACUCAACAAACAACUGGUAAUAUCCCCUUAACAUUUACCUGACCCUUAGAGGUCUGUGGACCCACUUAGUUAGGUCGAUACAGGCAUCAGCUGAUCCAGUGCCACUUGCCAGGUGGAUCAAUACAGUAAUAGCUCCUCAUAAUGUCAAUUCGACCUGAGUCAUGGCACUGCCUUGGUCUCUUGAGCAUCUCAAUAAAACAUCGAUCCUCUAAUGGUACUAAGUUUAUAGUUGAUCCCUGAACCACAUUCAAAAACAGAGGAAUUUUAAUUUCCACCAAAAUGUUCUGAUUUAAAAUCUGUGCUGUUUCAACAAAGAAAUGUUGACUAGCUUCCAAUAGAGAGUCCUAUCAAAAUACUGAGAUUUUUUGUAUUUGUUUUUCAAAAAAACUGCUAGCCAGUCUAAACAAGAACAUAUUGAAAAUCACAUGAGCCAGACACAUUUAUUGAUUUGUUCUGAAAUUGCUCUCGUUGAUCACUCUAAGCUGUUUUUUUUUCUUUUUACUGCAGGUGAUACUAGAUGUGUUAACUAUGCCCCUACAAAAAUACACCAGCUACCAGACUAAAAAUGAUCACACAAUAUAUUUCUCUUCAGUAAUUACCUGAAGAGAACCGAAACCAAAACCAACCAAUGCACUUCCUUCAGUGUCAUUCUGUAAUGACGUACAACAACCCUGCACUACAUUGCUGUCUGCAUUGAUUUACAGUUAUUGAAAUGAAGCAGGUUUUUCUGAGAUGUCAUUUUUUUAUGAACUGAGGAAUAAAUAAGGUUUAUCAAAAACAAAAA